AUGGAACCUAACGACUACGAUCUGACAACUCCCAUCACGUCCACAUCGGGACUUCGCCAAGGCCUCGCCUCUUAUGGAGAUCCUCACUUUUCAUUGUUUCUUCGGAAAGUGUUUAUCAAAGCACUUGGCUAUUCAGAAGAUGCGCUCUCUCGUCCGAUUGUAGGAAUCAUCAACACAUUCUCGGGGUUCAAUCCUUGCCAUGCCAAUGUACCCCAGCUCAUAGAAGCCGCCAAGCGUGGCGUGCAGCUUAAUGGCGGACUGGCCAUCGAGUUUCCUACUAUCAGUGUGGCCGAGUCCUUCUCAUCUCCCACCAGCAUGUUCCUGCGGAACCUCAUGAGCAUGGACACCGAGGAGAUGAUCCGGGCACAGCCAUUGGAUGCAUGUAUCAUGAUUGGAGGGUGUGAUAAGACGGUUCCAGCUCAAUUGAUGGGUGGUAUCUCCGCCAACAAGCCAAUCCUCCCGUUGAUUACCGGUCCAAUGCUACCAGGUAGUCACCGGGGCAAGCGUGUGGGAGCCUGCACUGACUGCCGGAAUAACUGGGCAGCUUUUCGCGCGGCUGAAAUUGACGUUGAGGAGAUCUCGGCGAUCAACGAGGAGCUUGCACCGACUAUCGGAACAUGUGGUGUGAUGGGAACUGCUAGUACCAUGGCCUGCGUCACAGCUGCCCUUGGAAUGAUGCCACUCCGAGGCGCCUCUGCACCUGCGGUCUCCUCGGCGAGAUUGCGUAUCGCAGAGGAGACCGGCGCCAAUGCAGUUGCAUUGGCAAAAUCACAGAAAAAGCCACAGGAGGUUCUGUCCAAAGAAUCAUUCUGGAAUGCCAUCACGGUAUUGCAGGCCAUUGGAGGCUCAACUAAUGCCGUUGUGCAUUUGCUGGCUAUUGCCAACAGACAUCCAGAACUCCAGGGAGUCAUCACUUUGGACACGUUUGAGGAGAUUGGUCGGAAGACCCCACUCCUCAUUGACCUUAAGCCGAGUGGUGAUAACUAUAUGAACGACUUUCAUAAUGCUGGCGGCAUGAUGGCGCUCUUACAAGUCCUGCGACCCCUACUCCAUCUGUCUGCUGUGACCAUCACUGGACAAACCCUGGGCGAAGUUCUUGAUGCAGGUCAAUCAAAGACACUCUCCUUUUCGCAGAACAUCAUUCGACCCAUGUCAGAUCCUCUCUUCCCUGCAUCCUCUUUAGCAGUCCUUCGCGGCAAUCUUGCCCCAGAUGGGGCUGUCCUCAAGGCCUCAGCAUCCAAGUAUAAGCACCUUCUCACACACUCCGGGCCAGCGAUGGUAUUUGAGAAUUCAGCCGAUCUUGCUCGGCGGAUUGAUGACCCAGACCUACCUGUCACCAAAGACAGCGUGUUGAUCCUGAAGAACAUCGGUCCGGUCGGCAAUCCCGGCAUGCCAGAAGCUGGGAUGAUACCCAUCCCCAAGAAGCUGGGAGAAGCCGGUGUCAAAGACAUGCUCCGUCUUUCAGAUGGAAGAAUGUCAGGCACUGCAGGCGGAACCAUCAUCCUGCACAUUUCGCCCGAAUCUGCACUGCCCGAGUCACCAUUUGGAGUAGUGGAAACGGGUGACUUGAUUAUUUGCGAUAUCGAGACCCGAAAACUUCAUCUGGAUGUCUCUGAUGAAAUCUUACAGUCUCGAAUCGAGAAACGGAAGCAAAUCCUAGCGGGUGAGGUGCAGAUUAGAAAGCAGAGGAGAGGAUACCGGGGGUUGUAUGAACGGUCGGUGAAUCAGGCUCAGGAGGGUGCGGACUUUGAUUUCCUAACAGCUGGAGGAGCUGGCGAAAGAUAG